UUCAUGUCCUUUUGUUCAUAAAUGAAAUUAACCAACAUGAUCAUGAUGUUUAAGAUUUCACUAGCAAUUGUUUGCUUAGCCAUGGUUCAUGUAUCCCUUGCCCAAAACUCACCACAAGACUACCUUAACGCUCACAACUCGGCUCGUGCGCAGGUCGGUGUCGGCCCCGUGAGAUGGGAUGCAAAGGUAGCUUCUUAUGCCCAAAACUAUGUCAACAAACUCAAAGGUAGCUGCAAGCUUGUUCAUUCAGGCGGGCCUUACGGGGAGAACCUUGCAUGGGGGAGUGGCGACCUCUCCGGCACGGCUGCUGUGAACAUGUGGGUAGCGGAGAAACCCAAGUAUAACUACAACUCCAACUCAUGUGUUGGCGGGGAGUGCCGCCACUAUACUCAGGUGGUUUGGAGGAACUCGGUCCGUUUGGGGUGCGCCAAAGUGCGGUGCAACAGCGGUGGCACCAUUAUCAGCUGCAACUACGACCCUCCGGGCAAUUAUGUCAACCAGCGUCCCUAUCUUAGAGUUCUUCGACAGCCUCUAGGCAUCAAUAACCUAUAGAGUGCUGUAAAAUGAUGCAAAAUAAGUUAUGCAUGUAUUAUCGAUCAUAUAUUAAGAAAAAUAUGAGAGGAAUAUGUAAUUUUCGUUGCAUGCCCAAUGAAUAAAAUUAUUAUCGCUUGCUCCUCUAA